AUGUCCUUGAGCACCCCGUUGACCAUCCAACAGCUCUUCAUCUAUCCCGUCAAGUCUCUUCCGCCGGUCCAGGUGUCGUCGGUGGAGCUUACCAACGAGGGGCUGCGCUUUGACCGAUGUUUCGUCUUGGUGAAUCCUCCCAAGGACGGCUCACGGUUGGCCAAGUUCCUCACGAUCAAAAAGCAAUUCAAGCUCGCCCUCUUUAAGCCGACAAUAGAUGACAGCUGGACGAAGCUGACAAUCCACCACACACGAGCCACUCCUCCCUCCUCAGUUACCGUGCCACUAACUCCCUCGCCACUGUCUCUGCUCGCGAAUAAGACGUUCGAAGUCAGCAUCUUUGGCACCACCGCCAUAGGCAUUGACCUGGGGGACGAGCCGGCAGCUUUCUUUUCCAAACACCUUGACCAGGAAGUCCGUCUCUUGUCGAUAGGAGGAACCGGCCGUCGGGACAUCCCUGGCGCAGCAUAUAUCCCCAGCCAACGCAGUGCCCUGUCGUUGGCUCUCCAAGAAGGCCUGCAACCUCAGCGCAUCCGAUUUGCCGAUGCUGCUCCAUUACUUAUUACCUCGACGGCGUCUGAGCAAGAUGCCCGCUCGCGUCUUCCCCCCGAGUAUCAGUACGAGGACGUGAUACUGCGCUUCCGACCCAAUAUUCACGUGGACGUCCAGGGUCAACUCCCAGCCUAUGACGAGGACAAUUGGUCGUCGCUCUUGGUUCGAUCGCAGUCGGACGAGGCACAGGAAGUCACCAUCAAGUGCAUCUUCAGGACAGUCCGCUGUCUCAGCUUGAACGCAGACCCUGACACCGGGGAGAUGAUUCAACGAGAUCGACAGCUGUAUGGAUUACUGGCCAGCGAUAGGAGGGUCAACGACAAGUUUCCUCAUAAACCUGUCUUUGGUCAAUAUGCCUUUGCAGGUCCUUCCGGUGCCAUCUUGCGCACUGGGGAUACCGUCUAUGUGACCGAAAGAAAUCAACGAAGCUAG